AUGCCUCUCUUUCAACCUCUUCAAGUCCCGCGAACAAAAGUCUCCCACCUGAAUCUGAUAACCUACGACAAUGACAGUGCCAUCAACGCGUUCUAUAGAUCCGGCACGGCGUACUUCGGCAAACAAUCCGUCCCACCAGACAACAAAUGGCCCGACGGCACACCCUCCUUCAUGGCCCCGAUCUCGCAUUUCCACCUCCUCCAGUCCGAAACUUUCCACAUAAAAUCUGGUCGCGGUAUAUGGUAUCUCGCCAACAAAAAGAUAGAGUUGGGCGAAGGAGAAGACAUCACGAUUUCACCCUGCAUUUCGCACCGUUUCGAGAAUAUGUCAGGGAGUACAGAGCCGCUAGUCAUCGAGUAUCGGUAUGAUCCGCAGAGGUUCGCGAUGGAGGAGAGAUUCUUUCGGAAUAUGUUGACGUACCUGGAUGAUUGUCGAAAAGUUGAAAAGCAGCCGAGUUUGUUGCAGUUGUGUGUCUUCCUUGCUGGGGCAUGGAUGCCGGGGGAUAUACUGCCUGUGCCGACAGUCGCAGGGGAGUAUGUUAAGUGUUUCGUUAAUGCGGUCUUUAUGUGGGUACUUGCGGCGAUUGGAUGGGCGAUUUUCGGUUAUAGGAUUAGUUAUAAGGAGUACUACGAUCCGGGGGCAGAGAGGAACAAGAGAAGUUGA